GCGGUACUUUACUAUCGUCACAGACCACAGAGCACUACAUAUUAUCCUCAAAAGGAACUUGCUAGUCUGCACGUAUAGUUAACGCCUAUCUCGCUUCUCAACGACGCUAGUUUCUGAUAUCUAGUCGCCAGACACAAGGAACUAGGCGUAAGUGCAGAGGAUAUCCAUCAUGCCAUGUCCCUACUCAGCCCACGAGAAUACCAAGAAGGCAUUCGUGAAGACUUGUCUAGACGAACUCUUCGUCACGGGCCAAGACCCCAUUUUCUAAUAUCUAAUAUCGACGUGGACGGCUUGAUGAAGCGGCUCACCAAUCGUACAAGCAACAAGGAAUCUGGCGAGCGUGAGAGACCGACGACCCCAUGGGCCAUAUCCAUGUCAUACGAUAUCCCAAAGGAACAAAGGCUCUCGGCAUUCUUAUACGAAGGAACCGAUGAAUCAGACCGCUACAUACUUCCUGAUUGGCUAUACGGAUUCCGAUUGGGUAUACGGAUUCCGAUUGGGGCGGGAUAGCCUACAGAGCCCCCCCAUCUCUGUUUACUUCCGGAGGUUUACUAGCGGGUGUUGGUCGACUCGUUAAAGAUAGGAAUAAAGGGACUUUCCGGGCAGCCUUAAUCUGUAAUUGAGGUUGGAACUGAAAUGCCUGGGAUCAGUGUACAUACGAUGGCUACAACUAAGGGGAUGCGAAAGUCCUACCAACCCUUUUGCUCGAGACAUUUUAACGGGGUCUAUUCUGCUUCGUUUUCUGCGACUACUAUCUGUCGAGAUUAAAUAAACGGGUUUGCAAACUUCAGAGAGGGAUUCACUCGGAUCAUUAGGGGCUGCCGAGUGCCUACAGACAGACCUCAGUUACCUAUAUUGGUUUGGGACUGGAGCGUGAAACACUGGGAAAAUUACCCUCAGCUUUGGAACACUUGCUUAUUAUACACUCUGCAGACCUUGGGGAAGUUUCUAAAUCUCGCCGUGACACAUAUGAAAGAUACCAUACCAUAACCUUAUAUGAUGCCGAAUGGCAAUUUACGUACUGGCAACUUUUUUAUGCUAGCAGUUACUGCAGGCGAAUAAUUGCGCAGCUACCUACUCCAGCAUUUCAGGGGCGCUCCGGUGAGUUACGACAGAAGGUAUCUUCACGCGGGCAAACAUACCCCAAGUCAAUCCGAUGUUGGAAUGCUUCUGAAUGAAUAACUCGCAAACAACCGCAUCAGUUUAAUGCAGAACGCGUUAUCAAUUUUAAGAAUCAUAACAAUAACAACGGAGUUUUAGAGGUCAUCAAAAAAUCUCUUUUAUCAAUUUGAUAAUCCGCACGUCUCUUUGAAUUAGAAACAUGGAUCAAGGCCCUGUCGUUCUGGCUGACCAAAUAGACGAGCAACGAAAUGGUGCACCGAAUCAGAAGAGAUGAUCUAAAUCAACAUGACAGGUUUACUUGCCACCUCGCCUCCGCACCGUCCAGCGACAAGUUGGUUUUGCUUUUAUCCUGUCAGGGCGGCUAGACCAAAUCAGCAUCAGAGAGUUAUUCUACCUGACCCCGGGCACUGGAACAUCGAGUUGAACCGUGUUUCACUGCUCUCUGCGCUGUUUGUAAUAGCGACCGACUAUCGUUAAGAAAUCGAGAGAGGCCUACUUGCAUUGUAUGG